AUGCAAGGCGGGCCGGUGUCGCCCAAGCUCUUGAAUGGGAAUAUUCAGCAAGGGCAGCGAAGACCUUUGCCUCCGACGUCGAAUCCGAGGCUGUUGGAAGAGAGCCAGGAGGAAGAGGAAGAGAAGGCUGAUGUCGUUGCUGAACUUGCCGCGUGGCGGAAGGACAGGAAGAAGGCCUACGAGGAUGAAUUGGCGAGGUACAAAUCAUCGAGGACUGGCAUUAGGCAUGCGAGGACGGGGAGUUCGAACAGUCAAAUUAAUGGUAACGAACCACGAGGAUACGGCUAUGGAUUUGAUCAGGGUGCCAGCAAUGCUGCAAACGGGGUGGGGAGACCACCGGCACUGGGUGGAUUGGGAUCGGACAUUACCAUGAAAGAGAUCAAUGACAUCGACAUGAAAUUCGUCGAGGGCCAUUGGAAAGGCGAGAUCAAAGUCGUUCGCAACCCAACGCCACAGGGGCGGACGGGCGUCGUGGACAUGUAUGGAAAUUAUUUUGAGAAGGGAUAUUUGUAUCCUUGA